GCGCCACCCACCGGCUCUCCAGCCGCCCUCCUGCCACCUCUAGGUGCUCAGAGCAAAUCCUCGAGCCUUCGGAGCCUGCGCCCGAGCAGAAACUUGCCUCCGAGAGUCUCUGGUGAAGUUCUCUGGGUGCGUCCUCGCCGGCCCGCGCUGCCGUUUGCUCGCCGGGUACCAUGGACAGCAGCCGCGAACCCACCACCCCGGGGCGCCUGGACGCCGCGGGCUUCUGGCAGGCCUGGCAGCGCUCGGACCCCGACGAAAAAGGCUACAUAGAAGAAAAGGAGCUGGAUGUUUUCUUGAAUCACAUGUUGUCAACAUUGGAUACUGAUGAUGAAGUCAUGGAAGAAAACAUGCAGAAAGUGAAGCAACAAUUUUUGGCUACUCAGCAUGACUCCAAGGAUGGGCGCAUACAGAUGAAAGAGCUUGCUGGCAUCUUUUUGUCUGAAGAUGAAAACUUUCUUCUUGUCUUUCGCCGGGAAACGCCCUUGGACAGCAGCGUGGAGUUCAUGCAGAUUUGGCGCAAAUAUGAUGCGGACAGCAGUGGCUUUAUAUCGGCAGCUGAGCUUUGUAACUUCCUCCGAGACCUUUUCCUCCACCACAAGAAGGUUGUUUCUGAGACUAAGCUGGAGGAGUAUACUGGCACUAUGAUGAAGAUCUUUGACAAAAACAAUGAUGGGAGGUUGGAUCUUAAUGACAUGGCAAGGAUUCUGGCUCUUCAAGAAAACUUCCUUCUCCAGUUUAAAAUGGAUGCUUGUUCCACUGAAGAAAGGAAGAGGGACUUUGAGAAAAUCUUUGCCCACUACGAUGUCAGUAAAACGGGUGCUCUUGAAGGCCCGGAAGUGGAUGGAUUUGUCAAAGACAUGAUGGAGCUGGUCCAGCCCAGCAUCAGUGGAGUCGACCUGGACAGGUUCCGGGAGAUCCUUUUGCGUCACUGUGAUGUGAAUAAGGAUGGAAAAAUCCAGAAGUCUGAGCUAGCCUUGUGUCUUGGACUGAAAAUCAACCCAUAAUCCCCAGAUGUUUUUCUUUUUUGCUCCUAGUGUAUUUCAGUUAGUACAACUGUUAGCUGCUUUGCCUUUGAAGACCCAGUGGGCCAACUCCAACAAGUGAUAAGGUUAUUCCCAAACACACUAAGGCCAUGGUUCUGAAGGCGAGCU